UCCCAGGGUUCCUCCAGAGGUUUCUCAGCCAGGGUUCCAUGGAAUACCAGGGUUCCUCAAGAGGUUUCUCAGCCAGGGUUCCAUGGAAUCCCAGGGUUCCUCCAGAAGUUUCUCAGCCAGGGUUCCAUGGAAUCCCAGGGUUCCUCCAGAGGUUUCUCAGCCAGGGUUCCAUGGAAUACCAGGGUUCCUCAAGAGGUUUCUCAGCCAGGGUUCCAUGGAAUCCCAGGGUUCCUCCAGAGGUUUCUCAGCCAGGGUUCCUCCAAAGGUUUCUCAGCUAGGGUUCCAUGGAAUCCCAGGGUUCCUCCAGAGGUUGCUAGGGGGUUCCCUGAGCAACUAG